AACAAAUCAAUGUUAAAAAGAAUUGAGAAUUGUAAUAUUUGUAUUUACUUUAUGCUGUUUGUCUUUGAUUUGACCUUUUUGGAACAUGACAGCACCAUGGAGUGCAUCUAAGUACACACUCAAGUCCACCAAGAUGAGCCAGUACUGCAAAAGACUCAGUUGGAUGAGUUUACAAUCACUCACCAAUUAAUCAAGGGACAGUAUUAAUAACUUCUUCAGUGGGGAAACGCUAUAGAUUUGAAGAGGAACACCAAAGGCUCUUUUUUUGCUGAGGCCAUGACUGGGUGGAGGUCCAGAGCAAAGCACUACAUGGGACCUAACGUAUACACAGCUCCCCCAGAUGGUGGCUGGGGCUGGGUGGUGGCUGUCUCCUUCUUUCUGGUGGAAGUGUUCACCUAUGGAUUCAUCAAGAGCUUUGGCAUCUUCCUCCAUGACCUGAUGCAGGAAUUUGGGGAGAGCAACAGCCGAGUGUCCUGGAUCAUCUCCAUCUGUGUCUUCGUUAUGACCUUCACGGCCCCUCUUGCUUCUCUGCUGACCAGCCGAUUUGGGUUCCGACCGGUUGUUAUGGUCGGUGGACUCUUAAUCUCCAUAGGAAGCAUUGCCAGUGGCUUCACCAGCUCCAUCAACCAGAUGUACAUUACCAUGGGACUCAUUGGAGGUCAGGGAUUCAGUCUUACCUUCCUACCUACAGUCACCAUCCUGUCUCAGUACUUCUCCCGGCGACGUUACCUGGUCACAACUAUUGCUUCUACUGGAGAGUGCUUCUUUGUUUUGGCCCUUGCCCCGGCGUUCUCCAAUAUAAAAGACUAUAUUGGCUGGCGUUAUACCAUGGUGGUUAUAGGAGCUUUGCAGGGCGUAUUGGUCAUCUGUGGAUUUUUGUUAAGACCCAUCAUCAUCAGACCAGGACCAGCCACGUUGACAGAUACACAGGUCCUGUCAGAAAAAAAGCUGGAAGCUCUAAACACACAGGAGUCGUACAACAGUAAGGAGACCUUGUACACUACAGACAUAUCAUGUUCUAAGGAUGGCUCUUGUGCACAGCAGAGUUCCGGAUCUCAAGAUGAAGGGCUGAUUCACCGUUGCUCCCUGAGCUCUGGAGAGUUUGAGAAUAUAAAGGUUCAUCCCCUCCAACACCCUUUCUUGGAGGACGGCAGCAGGGGUGCAGAGGAGACACCUCUAAAGGGAACAGGGGAGAAGGAGACCAAAGAAGGAAUAGAGAUGAUUGAGCCUUGUUCAAAGUGUUUAGACAGCGAGGAAAGGGAUAUUGAGAAGGAUGAGGAGCAGAUGCAGACAGAAUCUGCCCAGAGGCACAACCCUCUAAACUUCUCCAUGCUAAGAGAAGGCAGCUUCAUUUGCUACUCUCUCUUUGGCCUCUUCGCAACACUGGGUUUCUUCGCUCCCCAGCUCUAUGUGAUCGAGCUGAGCAUCAGCUGCGGUGUGGAGCGCAACAGCGCCACCUAUAUGCUCUCCGCCAUGGCUGUUGCAGAGAUCUUUGGACGCUUCUGCAUGGGCUGGGUGCUAGAAAGGAAGCUCUUCAGAGACAAGAAGCUUCUGGUGCUGCUAGGCUUCACAGUCCUGACUGGUCUGGUUCUGGUGGCCUUUACCAUGGUGUGGGAGUUCUGGGGCCUGGCUGUGUGUUGUGGGUGCUAUGGGUUUCUGUUAGGCACCAUGGCUUCGUCACAUGUACCCAUGCUGGCUGAGGAAGAUGUAGUAGGCAUAGAGAGGAUGGUGUCGGCCGCUGGAGUCUACGUUUUCAUACAAAGCUUCGCUGGGCUGGCUGGACCACCCCUAGGAGGUGUUUUGGUGGACCUGACUAAUAAUUACGGCUCAGCGUUCUACUCCUGUGCGGUCGGUAUGGGUCUAGGAGCUGUGUUCCUGGGGCUGGUACGACCAGCCAAGAAAGGCCUGCCCUGCUGCCGCAGGAGGGGGCCUCGGAAUGACCCAGAACGCCUGCAAGUGGGGCCCGGGGAGAUUGUGCCUCAAUGUAAGAGGAAGGAGGCCCAGGACCCUGGCACCUGACCAAUGCAUAAUGGUUGCUAAAAAAUUGUUGUAUUCCUUUAGUUAGGCUCGAAUACCACCUUAAAAACACUCAAGUUAUCUAACCCUUAGGACCUUUAUGAAGUAUAUCAAGUCCCGCAAUGUCGCACCUUUUGGUUUAAACAAAAUGGCAAUAGUAACCUCUUGAAUCAUUCUAGAGAGCUAGAGAACCAAAACCAACUUUCACAUGUGCUAUCUAUCUAUCCAAUCAAUCAUAAUUUGAAUCUACCGACUCUAAUCUUUUAAACUUAGUUUUAUAAAUACUUUUAACCAAGCUAGCAAGCACUCAUUUACUUCUGUAGGCUAAAUGUCCUACAGAACUUUACUAAUCAUCCGAUUGCAUUACUAGACAUUCCUAGGGUAAUGCUGUGGUAAUGCAAAAAUUUACCUAAUAAUCAUUGUGAAAUAUGGUGGUGGAUCAGUGAUGCUAAUGGGCUGUACUUCCAAAGGCCUUGGGGACCUAGUUACGAUAAAUGGCAACAAGGACUCCAUCCAGUACGAGGGAAUUUUAGGACAAAACCUGCCUGCAGCUCCCAAAAGGCUAAAACUGGGUGUUCGUUGGAUCUUCCAGUAGGACAGUUGUUUUAUAUCAUUGAACAAUUUUCACUCAACUAAGGUUAGAUUCAUAUUAAGCUAAUGAACAACACUUACAUUUUGUUCACAGACACAUUUACCAUGGGUGCCAAAUAUUUCAGAGAGCACUAAAUAUUAGAAUGCACAUUGUUGCACUCGGCCCAUUAGAAUGUAGAAAUCGACAUCUCCAGACAAAAACUUUUAGUUUUUCCAAGAUAGGUUUGACCCAAAAUGUGCUUCACCUGUCAUGGAUACACAAGUGCAAAAUAAUGAUGGACAAUAUAUACAGUUAGGUCCAGAAAUGAUUGGUUUUUGUUAUUCUGGCUGUUUACCAAAAUGUAUUCAAGUUACAGUUAAAUAAUAAAUAUGGGCUUAAAGUGCAGUCUCUCAGCUUUAAUUUGAGGGCAUUCACAUCAUAAUUCAAGGAAUUUAGGAAUUACAGCUCUUUAAUAUGUAGCCCCAUCUUUUACAAGGGUAAUUGUUUCAUGGACAAGUGUGGUCUAUUCCUUCAUAAUUUCUUCACCAAUUAAGCAAGUAAAAUGUCUGCAGUUGAUUCCAGGUGUGGCAUUCGCAUUUGGAAGCUGUUGAUGUGAACCCACAACAUUCGGUCAAAAGAGCUCCCAUUGCAAAUGAGAGGCCAUCUUCACGCAGCAAAAAAAAAUUAUAUCCAUCACAGAGAGCCAGAGCAUUAGGAGUGGCCAAGUCAACAGUUUCAUACAUUCUG